AUGCCCAUUCCUGUCACUGUUUUCACUGGUUUCCUCGGCAGUGGCAAGACGACGACCAUUCUCUCGCUGUUGAAGCGAUUGCCCACAGAGUACAAAGCGUGUCUCUUGAAGAAUGAAUUUGGCGACAUUGCAGUGGAUAGUCAACUGGCCAAGGAAACCAACAUUGGAGUUCAAGAAAUGGUGAACGGCUGCCUUUGCUGUGUCUUGGUGGGUCAAAUGAAAUCGGCCCUGCAGGAGCUUAAAGAAAAAUACAAUCCAGAUAGAAUCAUCGUUGAGACGAGUGGAUCCGCCUUUCCUGCACCGAUCGCAUGGCAGAUUCGAGAAAUGGCAGACGAAGGAUUCGUAUUAGACUCGAUUGUCACUGUCAUUGACUGUCAAAACUUUAUGGGAUACGAGGAUACCAGCUACACUGCCAAGCUACAAGCACAAUACACGGAUGUUAUUCUUCUCAACAAACACGAGCAAGUAUCUGAACGGGAUUUAGACCGUGUUAUAGACCAUGUCAACGAACUAAACACGGAUACACCCAAAGUCAAAUGCGGCGAAAACGGGGCCAUUUCUCCGGACCUGGUGUUUGGCUUAGACACACAACUCUUUUCGAAUGUAUUUGAUCCAAAGCAUCAAGAGAACGAAGUGGAUUUGAUCCAAGUCAUUCAGCAACGAAGAGGUUCUUCCUUGUCAAAGGAUCAAUUGGUCAAGUUUCUCGAGACGAUGCCCAAGGACGAUAUUUACCGUAUCAAGGGAUUUAUCCGAUUGGAUCAAGAUAACGCAUUGUAUAUAUUAAACCACGCAUUUGGCAGACACACAUUGACGCACAAUUACAGUCAUGGGCACAUCGUCAUUAAAACAAACUGUGACAGAUAA